CCCCGCCCCCAGAUGAAGCUCCUAGUAAAAGGAGAUAGAUAACAGUAAACUUUUCAGCGAGAGGGCUGUUUAUCCAUACUUUGGUAGAAUAUCACGUCCGUUUUGUCAGCAGCCGUCCCUUCCAAGCAACGGAACGCUGUGAAGGUCCAGCCGAGACAAGAAGGACUCUAAUAUCCGCAUCCACCGGAGCGACUCUACCUUCAGCCAAGUUGACAUUUUCUGGAGACUCUGCAUGCUGGGGCUUGAAGUUGACUUCCUGUAGACUGCUUCAUAGAGAGGGACGCCUUUGUGAAAAGCAGGAGAAAGGCCUGUUCACCCACCUUCAUCAUACUGGAAGCUACAUGAUGGCGGGAAGAUUCCCCAUUCCCUUCUUACUUCUUGCAAUAUGCUGCCUGGCAACUGCAGGGCCAUUGUUUCGCAGUCCAUGUGAGCUGCUGCCAGUGGGGGUGGGGCACCCUGUACAGGCCACGUUGAGGAGCUUCACCGCCCUGUCAGGCUGUGCUAGCAGGGGUACCACGAGCCUCCCUCAGGAGGUCCACAUCAUCAACCUGAGGGGACAUGUUCCAGAGGGACCAGACAACAGCCCAGCUGAAGUGGAGCUGCAUUUGAAGCCGAUUCAGUCUUUGUUACGCCACCAGAAACCACUGGUCUUUGUGCUCAACUCCCCCCAACCACUGAUCUGGAAGAUCAAGACAGAGAACCUGGCCCAGGGCAUUAAGCAUACCUUUCAUGUAUCUGAGGGCUCAGAGGUCUACUUUCAGCCGGGAAACUUCUCCCUCUCCUGCCAGAUCCAGAAGGAGACCCUUCCCCAUGGCAACGAGCACCUCCUCAACUGGGCCCAGAAGAAGUACAGGGCAGUCACCUCUUUCUCUGAGCUCAGGAUGACUCAAGACAUCUACAUCAAAGUCGGAGAAGAUCCACUGUUUUCUGACACUUGCAAGAUUGAUACCAAGUUCUUGUCUCUGAACUACCUGGGAGGCUACGUGGAGCCACAGACAUCAAAGGGUUGUGUCCUGUCUGGACCCGACAAAGACCAAGAAGUCCACAUCAUUGAGCUCCAAGCCCCUAACUCCAGCAGUGCUUUCCAGGUGGAUGUCAUAGUGGAUCUACGGCCUCUGGGGGACGAUGCCCUGCUGCAUCGUGACAUAGUCUUGUUGCUCAAGUGCGUCAAGUCUGUCAACUGGGUCAUCAAGGCCCACAGUGUGAUUGGCAAGCUGAAUGUAGUGGCCUCUGACACUGUGAGUGUUAGUUCAAGUACGGAGAGACUGAUGCAAGUGUCAAAAUCCCCCAAGCAGCACUUGCCAUCAGGGUCACAAGCCUUAAUCAAGUGGGCAGGGGAGCAUGGCUACAGUCCAGUCACAUCUUAUACCAACACUCCUGUGGCUAACCACUUCAAUAUCAGACUUAGAGAGCCAGAUGUGGUGGAUCCUCUGGAGAGCAUGUUACCCCCAGAGCUCUCCAUCCUGCAUGACUCCAGUCCUCAUCUAAGAGCUGGAGCUGAUUCACAACGCUCCGGUUUGCCGUUUCCCUUCCCUCCAUCUAUCUCUGACACCCUGCCCUACCUGCACCCCUCCUUCGACAACCAGCCCAGGGACAACGGAGAGCCGGAGGAGCAUCAGGGCGUUCUUAGUGUUGGCCUCAGUGUGCGGUGUGAGGACAAGAGGAUGGUAGUCAGCAUUGAUAAAGAAAGCCUGCAAGCAAAUGGGUUUGCUCAUGCCAACCUCACCCUGCAAGACCCAGCUUGCAAAGCAACAGUCAAUGCCACCCACUACACACUGGAAACUCCACUGACUGGCUGUCUGACCACUGUAUAUCCCAUGCAGGGUAGCCCAAUGGCCCUCCACAUCAACUCUGUUUUGAUAAGUCAUGCUGAGACUAAGGAUGGGAGUGGUGGGCCGCUGGAUUAUGAUGAUCUGGAAUCUGGAGAUGUGCUGUUCCCGAGGGACUCCACAGAGUUAGAGAGGACCUCUACGGAGCCCAAAGAGCACCAGUCGGUCAUAGUGUUCAAUUGCACGUACCGAAAGAACCAGGAAACCUCAGCAACACUUCCCUGGAUUGUACCAGGACCAGGGAGGCAACCAGUCAGCAACGUGACAUUUAACAUGGAGUUGUACAACACACUGCCGUUCAACAACCCUUCACGCCAGCCUUUCUACACUGUUUCUCAAAAGCAGGAAGUCUUUGUGGAGAUCACAUCAGCCACAUCAGAUCCGGAGCUGGGGUUCACCAUCAUAUCGUGCUUCAUUUCUCCCAACUCCAACCCCAAUGUGGCCUCAGUCUACACUCUCAUUGAGACAGUCUGCCCCACAGACGACUCUAUCAAAUACUAUCCUCAGAGGGACUUCCCUGUCCCUCACACUCAGGCGGAGAAGAAAAGUUUCAGCUUCACCUUCAACUCAAAGUUCAACAUGUCCCUUCUUUUCCUGCACUGCGAGAUGUCUCUGUGCUCCAAGAGAUCUCAGAGUAACCAACGACAUCCGCCGUGCUUACAACCCAGCCAGACCUGUGAUUCUCUUACUCUGGACAAUAUCGUGGAGCUAAUGAUGAAUACCAAGACGUCUUCCAAGCCGCUGGUUGUGGUGGAUGGACCUGGUCAACCAGACGAAACAGUUACUCCGCUUCACAAAUCAACUGAAAUCCCAAAGGAUCCUUCUGACAAUAAUACACUGUACGUGCUGGACACUCCGACAGUGGUGGGAAUUGCCUUUGCAGCCUUUGUGAUUGGGGCUCUGUUGACCGGAGCCCUGUGGUUUAUCUACUCACACACAGGUGAGACAGCUGGCACGCAGCCGGUCCAGAAGUCCCAGCCGGCCUCAGAAAACAGCAGCGCAGCCCACAGUAUCGGUAGCACACAAAGCACGCCCUGCUCCAGCAGCAGCACGGCGUAGCCCAGGGCGCAACCCAGCGGGACACCAAUCCCUGCCAUGGCCCAGGACGGACCCGACGGUUCACAGGGACCGGUUUGUUGAUCUCCUUCCGUGAAAGGAAUUAAUGUUGUUGAUGUUAUAGGAAGGAAAAAAAAGUAUGAUUUAAAAAAA